AUGAAGUUAAACGGGCUUCCCAAUGAUAUUCUAUCUAAUCUCGACCCCCUGGCCCUGCUUAUCUUCAUCCCUCUCUGCGAUCUCGUGCUGUACCCCACCCUCCGCAAGAUGAAGAUCCGCUUCACGCCCAUCCGCAAGAUAACCUUUGGCUUCUUCACCGGAUCCGCGGCCAUGGUUUGGGCGUGCGUCCUCCAAUACUACAUCUACAAGAAGUCCGUCUGCGGCGACAACGCCUCCGGCAACUUGCCGAACGGGGAACCUUGUCCCAACGUCGACAUCCUGGUCUGGGCCCAGACCGGCGCAUACGUGCUCAUCGCCCUGUCGGAGAUCUUUGCCAGCAUCACCAGCUUGGAGUAUGCUUUCAGCAAGGCGCCGAAGAACAUGCGGUCCAUGGUGCAAGCUGUUGCGCUGUUCAUGUCCGCCAUCUCGGCUGCGCUGGGCCAGGCGUUCACUCCCCUGAGUGCGGAUCCGUACCUCGUCUGGAAUUAUGGCAUCGUAGCUGUCUUAGCAGCCGUAGCAGGCGCAAUCUUCUGGGUUCAGUUCCGCGGUUUAGACGCCGAGGAAGACGCCAUGAACGAGUUGCCUGAAGGUCGUGUUGGUGCUGGAACUGCUCCCAGUGGGGGUGUUUUGGGACAUGAGAUGAAUGAGUUGGCUGAGCCAGGAAAGAAGUACUAG